AUGGCCUUCAAAAAGAUUGCAAUUGCUGGUGCAUCAGGAUAUCUUGGGCGCAAAAUCUUGGACCAUCUCCUCACUAUUCCAAUAGUCUCUCGGGUCACUGUGCUCACCCACUCGCCCUUGGCGGAUUUUCCCUCCUCGCCCAUCUUGACCGUCAUCUCAAUCCCCUCCUACCGAGCUGUUGCUGCCCUGACGUUGGCUCUUCAGGGUCAUGAACUCUUGAUCUCUGCUCUCUCCCGUCUUAGCGCCGAUGAAACCGACGAAUUUCUCAUAGCAGCAGCAAUUGCUGCCGGCGUGAGGCGUUAUAUGCCUUCAGAAUACACCGUUGAUUGCAUGCAUCCGCACGCGAUUGCCGUCUCAGGUUCCACGGUCAUAGCAGGCAAAAUUGCAAGUGCUCAGAGGGUUCAACAUUCAGCUGAAAAGGGCGAGAUCGAGUAUACUACGUUAGUGACUGGUGCCUUUUUGGAUUUCUGGUUUGAAUACCCAAAUCCCAUCAUUGACACCAACGCAAAGACAAUCACCUUGUUAGAUGGAGGUGAGAAGAAGAUGACUGGCGUGACAACUGAGUUCGUAGCAAGAUGCAUUGGGGCUAUUGUUGCAAUGCCCGAAGAGUCUACAAACAAUCAGCGGAUCAGGAUUGCGGAGGUCGAAUAUACAGGGAAAGCACUCCUUCAAACAUUCGAGGAAGUGACGAAUGAGAAGUGGACUGUAGUUGACAGAAGCACUGACGAAAUCCUCAACGAGGCUGUGAAAGCAGGGGGGAAAGGAGACAUGCGAGGGUUCUAUAUGGGAAAUAUCAUCAAACUCAACUUUGAUGGCGAAGGGGCUGGCUAUUUCGAAGAAGGCAUGGAGUGGUUAGAUGGUGCUGUCAAAAGGCAGAGUCUGAAAGAGAUAGUAGAGAGAAGUAUUUCUCGCUUGAACUGGUAGGCUUUAAUUGUUGAACUGGCUUCUCUGAAUUGAAUUUAUAGGAUUGUUU